AUGUUGAAGCCUAAUGUUGCCUCUGUGAUUGAAAAAGCACAAAGCAAACUGUGCCAGCGACAUCAAGUGCGUGCUAAAGACAGAACAUUUGCUGUGGGUGACAAAGUAAUAGUUCAUGAUUAUCGGAGGGGAAAGAAGUGGACGCCUGGUGUUGUUUCAGCAAAGACAGGCCCUGUAUCAUACACUGUCGAUGUGGGACUUUCAGUUCACUGGAGGCGUCAUGUUGAUCAGAUGUUGGCACAUCUAACUGACUGUGACAGUGGAGAUGAGAUUGGACCAGAGGUCAAUGAUGUUCCUGAGGGGAAUUUGACAGAUCUUUGUGAACAUCCCAUGUCAGAAGGAACAUCAUUUCCUAGUCUCGAUCCAAUCCAGACUGGGACAGCACAACCUGUGGAUUCAUUCCCAAGUGAAACAGGGGAGGUGUUACGCACUCCACACAAAGAGACUAAGAGAUACUCUGAACGUACAAUUAAUACCACCAAGAUUGAUCCAUCGCUGGAGAAUGUUUCCAGAGUUUUAGAAUUUACACUCUCUGGUCUGAAUGAAACAAUGGAAAACCGAUAUGUGUUAUUUUCACUGACAGCACUGUUUUAUCCCCUAAUGGUGUUGUGUAAUAUAACUGUAAUUUACACUGUAAUCUCACAUAAGACACUUCAUGAGCCAAUGUAUAUGUUUAUAUGUAACUUGUGUAUAAAUGCACUUUAUGGCACUGCUGGAUUCUACCCUAAAUUCAUGUAUGAUUUAUUAUCCCAGUACCAUGUGAUUUCUUAUGCUGAAUGUUUGACUCAGAUAUUUGUUAUUUAUUCAUCUGUUCUGUGUGAUGUUUCAACAUUAACAGUGAUGGCAUAUGACAGGUUUGUGGCAAUAUGUAGACCACUGGAAUAUCACUCAAAAAUGAGUAAUAAGAGUGUUCUUGAAUGUAUUCUUUUCUGCUGGCUGGCUCCAUUUUUUUGCAUGUCUGUUCUAAUAGCAUUAACAUCAAGUCUCACCUUAUGUGGCUCUAGUAUUGCAAAGUUAUAUUGUGAGAUUUGGGCGGUUGCUAAACUUUCUUGUUUUUCUACAACAGUAAAUAAUGUGUUUGGGUACAUUGUUAUUCUUACAUACUUUGGACAUGCAGUAUUAAUAUUUUGCUCAUAUAUUCACUUGAUUCAAAAGUGCAGGAGCUCAAUAGAGGGAAGGCACAAAUUCAUACAGACUUGUGUACCUCAUCUGCUUUCAUUGCUCAAUGUAACUGUUGCAUUUCUGUUUGAUGUAUUGUACAGCCGUUAUGGUUCUCGAAAUUUGCCACAAGGUGUGCGUAAUUUUAUGGCAUUGGAAUUCCUACUCAUACCCCCCAUUUUAAACCCCCUUAUUUAUGGACUAAAUCUGACAAAAGUACGCAAGCAAGUUAUGAGAAUGUUUUUCAAGAAACAAGUAGGAAUAUCUGAUUAA